UGUCUCCACUUUCCUAGCAACCCACCAUUCAAACUCUGUAACCUUUCUCCUCUCUCACCUCCCGCUAAGACCGGCCGUUAGUUACAACCCGGUGACUUGACCGAAGACCAAUGGGCUCCCUCCACCUGCUCUCGGCGCGGCCCUCCACCGCCGCCCUCAAGUGGCUCGGGUUUGUGACCGCAGUGUGGGUGCAAGCCAUCUCCGGCAACAACUACACGUUCUCAAACUACUCCGACGCCCUCAAGUCCCUCAUGGCCCUCACCCAGCUCCAGCUCAACAACCUCUCCGUGGCCAAGGACGUAGGGAAGGCCUUCGGGAUCCUCGCCGGCCUCGCCUCGGACCGACUCCCCACCCCCGUCAUCCUCCUCAUCGGCUCGGUCGAGGGGCUCAUCGGAUACGGGGUUCAGUGGCUCGUCGUCAGCCGAAGGAUCCAACCUCUUCCCUAUUGGCAGAUGUGCAUAUUCCUUUGCAUGGGAGGGAAUAGCACUACGUGGAUGAACACGGCGGUGCUGGUGACGUGCAUCCGCAAUUUCCGCCAUAACCGCGGCCCUGUCUCCGGCAUCCUCAAGGGCUUUGUCGGUCUCUCCACCGCCAUCUUCACCGACCUCUCGGCCUCCCUCUUCCCCGACCCUUCGCCCUCCACCUUCCUCCUCAUGCUCUCCGUGGUUCCCCUUGCCGUCUGCCUCUCCGCCGUCAUCUUCCUCCGCGAGCUACCCCCGACAACCUCCUCUUCCUCAACCUCUACCGUUGAGGAUCCCGAAGAGGAGGCAAGUUACUUCGGGGUCUUCAAUGCCGUGGCAGUGGCCGUGGCACUCUACCUCCUUGCUUUUGAUGUCUCUGGGCCCCACGGCCCCGUCUUCUCCAAGAUAUUUGCCGCCGUCCUCCUCAUCCUGUUAGCGUCCCCAAUAUCAGUACCGGUGUAUUCCUUUCUGAAGACUGUGCAGUUCAGCGGCAAGCCCGUUCUAGAUGUCGAGAGGCCCGAAAUCGCCGAGCCACUCCUAAGCAGCCAUCAGGAGAGUACAGUGGCGGUGGAGAAGGAGGUGGCAGUGGAAAAGAAGGCUGUGGUAACCGCAGCAGAGGAGGGUCCGGCUGUGACUUGGCGACCAGUGAUAGGAGAAGACCACACGAUCAUGGAGGCAGUGACAACAGUCGACUUUUGGAUUAUGUUCGUUUCGUUUCUGUGCGGAGUGGGAACAGGGCUCGCAGUUAUGAACAACAUGGGGCAGAUGGGGCUUGCGCUCGGCUACUCCGAUGUUUCGAUGUUCGUAUCACUGAUGAGUAUCUGGGGCUUCUUCGGUCGGAUCGGGUCGGGAACUAUAUCGGAGUAUUUCCUCAAGAAGGCUGGAACACCGAGACCUUUGUGGAACGCGGCGUCGCAGGUCCUGAUGGCAGUCGGCUACAUACUAAUGGCUCUGGCCCUGCCAGGAUCCCUGUAUAUUGGCUCGGUCGUGGUCGGAAUCUGCUAUGGGGUCCGCCUCGCAGUUACGGUGCCCACUGCCUCUGAGCUGUUUGGGCUCAAGUACUACGGCCUCAUCUACAAUAUCCUGAUCCUCAACCUUCCCCUGGGCUCAUUCCUGUUCUCGGGCCUGCUUGCUGGCCUGCUGUACGAUGCACAGGCCACGCAAACGCCCAGUGGUGGGAACACGUGCGUCGGUGCCCACUGCUACCGGCUCGUAUUCGUGGUCAUGGCUAUGGCGUGUGUCGUUGGGUUCGGGCUGGACGUGUUGCUCGCAGUCCGGACCAAGAGAGUCUAUGCCAAGAUCUAUGCAAGCAAGAAAUUGAAGAAGCAGGAAACCUCCAAUGGGCAAUGAUAAAUAUACUCCGGCAUAUCGAAUCAGGAUAGGAGGGCAACGAUCCAAAUUAUACGAAGGGAUCUUUUGUCUGAUGAUAUCCUUUCGUGUUACACUCGACCGCCUCACAAUUCUUUCCAAAGAGCGUCAACUAUACAUAGUAGAUCUUUUCCUCUUAACUUUUUGAAUGGGUCUAUGUAUAAGGCCAUUGAUGUUCCUGCAACGUGUGAUUUUGGAUGAUCUAUGUAUACUGUGGCACACAUUCUAGGUCCAUCUUUAGGCAGUGUAAUAUAACAAAAUCGGCACAGACAGACAUCGGCUCAGAGUUUGGCGCUAGCCGUUUCACGUUCAAA